GAAGGAUGAUAGCCCAAGAUUUAAAGCUGAAAGGGGGUUACUGAUUUCUUCAGAUUCUUCGUUUGAACCUGUGUUUAUCCUAGCUGUGGCAAAGUGAAGGAAGAAAGAUAUUUCAUUGGUCUCUUUUGAAUAUAUAAGCUUAAGAAUGGCAGAUUUUUGCCUUGGGCUUGAACUGAUUUUGAGCUUGCUUUACUUCUACAAAGCUGUCUCUCCAGGUUUACAGAGUCAAGCCUUGCCAUUUUCUGAUCCUAACUUCAAUGUGGGUUUUAUGCAUGGUCAAACAUCUGAGCAUGUGAAAGUAAGAGAACAGCUACAUAAUACUGGUACUCCUGUGCUCAGUAGAAUUGAUGACACUGGUGGAUUACCUUUAAUAGUUCCAAUAGGGGCUCCUUGGCAGCAAAUUCACUGUUUGGCCAGAAGACAGAAGAAGAUUUAUGUGGAAUCAUUUGAUUUGGCUCCUAUAAAGUUUACUCUUAGCUUUUCUAGUUCUCCUUGGAUGCUUAGAAGCGGGGUUCUUACAUCUGGAGAAUCUGUUAUCCAUAGAGGUCUGAUGGCUUUUGCUGAUGUAGAGGGAGCACGAAUUCAUUUCAAAGAGUUGUCAAUCAUGCAUCAAAUGGCCAGUUGGGAAUCUAUUCAGGAGAUCCUGAUUAGGCACUAUACUCGACAAUUUCUCCAUGAGAUGUACAAGGUGUUUGGCUCUGCUGGUGUUAUCGGCAAUCCCAUGGGAUUUGCUAGGAGUCUAGGUGUAGGAAUUAGAGAUUUCUUAGCAGUUCCUGCAAAGAGUAUUUUGAAGAGUCCCACUGGACUUUUCACAGGUAUGCCUCAAGGUACUAGUCUUCUGAGCAAUACGGUCUAUGCACUAAGUGAUGCUGCCACUCAAUUUAGUAAAGCUGCACACAAGGGUAUUGUUGCUUUCACAUUUGAUGAGCAGGCUGUUGCAAGAAUGAAAAGGCGAUUGAAAGGGGAGGCUUCACACAGUAAAGGCAUAAUUAACGAAGUUUUUGAGGGACUUACUGGCCUCCUUCAAUCGCCAGUUAAAGAAGCAGAGAAACAUGGUGAUACGAGUCAAAAGGCCCAACCCAAGCUCAAGAAUGUGAUGGGCCCAAUCAAGAAAUUUAUCCAUACUUAGUUAAAAAUUAGGCCAAAUUAUCAAAGUGGCCCAAGUUGUAAAGUUUUAUUUUUAUUUAUUUAUUUAUUUAUUUACUUAGUUUAAAUUUUUAUGUAAAUAUUCAGUCCAAGAGUCCCAGAUAAAAAGACCUUUGACCGAAUUUCCAUAUUAAAAUAAUUAGGAGUUUUUUUUUUAUUUUAGUUUUCUAAUUAGAUUAGGACUAGUUAUAAGGCCUAUUUAAAGACAUAGCUGUCCACCUUGUUAUACACUUCUCAAAUAUAUUAAAAAUUUCAGAUUUGUUUAAGUGCAGAA